AUGGACAACUCGGGCGCCUCGUUCGACAGCGUCCGCAGCAGCGGCUCCGACUGGCCCACGCAUCCCUAUGAGCUCAACACCAUUGCCGAGCUGGACAAGCUGCCCAUCGGCACCGAGGUCACCUUCCGCGGCCGCAUACACACCCAGCGCCAGCUCUCCAAGGCCCUCGACUUCCUCCUCCUCCGCGACCAGACCUUCUCCGUCCAGGGCGUCCUUUCGAGAGAGAACAUGGACAUGGUCCAGUGGGUGCAGAAGCUCCCUGCCGAGUCGCUGCUCCAAGUCAACGGCGUGCUCAAGGAGCCUCCGGAGCCCGUCCGAUCGGCCACUGUCUCCCACGCCGAGGUUGACAUCCACGGCCUCUGGCUCGUCAACCCGGCCCAGAACGCCCCGUUCAGCGUCUACAGACCCCCCGAGGCGCUGCGCAGCCGCAUGCAGUCGCGCAUCCUCGAUCUGCGACACCCGGCCAACCAGGCCCUCUUCCGCAUCCGAUCCAUGGUCUCCCGCCAGUUCCGGGACACUCUGGAGAAGUACGGCUUCGUUGAGAUCAACACCCCCAAGCUUCAGCCUGCCGCCACCGAGAGCGGUGCCUCCGUCUUCAAGGUCAACUACUUUGGCCGCAAGGCCUUCUUAGCCCAGAGCCCUCAGCUCGCCAAGCAAAUGGCCGUCUCCUCCGACUUUGGUCGCGUCUACGAGAUUGGUCCCGUCUUCCGCGCCGAAAACUCAAACACUCAUCGCCACCUUACCGAGUACACUGGCUUGGAUCUCGAAAUGGCGAUUGAGCACGACUACCACGAGGUCAUUGAGCUCCUGGACGAGUUCCUCAAGAACGUCUUCAAGGCCGUCUACGCCAUGCCCGAGGUCGAGGUCCUCAAGCAGCGAUGGCCCAGCAAGGAGUUCAAG